AUGUACCUGGAAUUCGUAGCCCUAGUGCUUUGUGUCAUCGGUGGACAGUUUGUAUCACCCGAAAAAGCAGUUCCAACAAAAAAUAAGGAUGUUUGGGAGACGAUGCAAAGAUCUGAUGUAUUUUUCUUAUUGAGACGUACAUACCGCUGGUCGAAAGACCGCAGCGUAUGCUCGUAUACGAGGAUUCUUGAAAGGAACGAAGAAGACAAGACCCUUUUAACCCUCGGAGGAAAUUAUAACAAUGGGACAACCGACUAUAACAACCAUAAAAUCUACGUCACUACAAGGAAAGGCAAGAAGGGUGAGAGAAACCACAUGAUGCUUUCAGUUGUAGGGUACGGCGGACCAGCAUUUGAGUACAAAAUGAUAUUUGACGAUGGAGGAGGUUGCAGCGUCUUGAACAUAACAAGGAUCACACAACCGGAUGUUCCAAAGGAAUGGAUUGGACAAUGUGAACUGUGGGCUACCAAGGAAGUAGCCCUUUCCAUCAAUGUCCAAUCAUCCUGCGAAGUGACGUAUUUUCAAAAGUGCAAUCCAGACAUCGAUAUAGAGGACACGCCGUACGUUACCAACUGCAAGGACCCACCGACCGAUACGGAGUCUGAAGCAAGCUCACCUGAAUGCUGAAGGCCGUUUCUGACGAACGCUUCCAAGCACGUCAACAAAGCGGCAACCGUAAUUGGCUUUUGCCUCUGAAAUAAGCAAAUGCAAAUAAACAUUAUGUCACCCACGUUGCAGA